GAUCCACAAAAAUCCCUAAAUCCCGGUUGCUUCUUCCUGUCACCGUUUGUCACUGCCAUUUAAUUUGUGUACGGAUAUGAAUAAGGUUAUGUUUUAUGUAAAACUUUUAAAUUGCUAUGUUCUUUGUGAGAAGUGAAUAUUGAAGAUGCAACAAGAUUUUAGAUUUAUUUAUUAGAUCGUGCGACAAUUAUCUGUUCCUUCGGACGAAACGAUGAAGUUAGUCAAACCAAAUUGGGUUACUCACGAUGGGUAUCCAAUAUUCUCUAUUGACAUACAUCCUGACGGCAAAAGAUUUGCCACUGGUGGUCAAGGUGGUGAUUCAGGAAGAGUUGUUAUAUGGAACAUGGAACCUGUAGUCAGUGAGGCUGCUGAGUUGGAUCCUAAUGUUCCAAAAGUGCUCUGCCAGUUAGAUAAUCAUUUGGCGUGUGUAAAUUGCGUAAGGUGGAGUAACGCUGGUUUACUAGCAUCGGGCGGUGUGGACAAGCUCAUUAUGAUCUGGAGGUUGUCCGGAGCAGGAGGGAGUUCUAUUUUUGGUGGAAAAGCCAGCGUAGAGACCUGGAGGUGCAUCGCGACAUUACGCUCGCACGAAGCUGACGUACUUGACCUCGCAUGGGCGCCGCACAGUCCGUGGUUGGCUUCAGCUUCGGUGGACAACAGUGUGAUAGUUUGGGAUGCUUCAAAGUUUCCCGCGGUAGUCGCUGUGUUAAAGGGUCACACAGGCUUCGUGAAGGGUAUCACUUGGGAUCCCGUGGGCAAGUAUCUAGCGUCCCAGUCCGAUGAUAAGACGUUAAGGGUAUGGCGCACUACCGAUUGGACGGAAGCGGCCUUGAUAUCGGAACCGUUUGACGAAUGUGGCGGAACGACUCACGUCCUGAGGCUCUCGUGGAGUCCUGACGGUCAAUAUCUCGUAUCCGCCCAUGCCAUGAAUGGCGGCGGACCCACGGCGCAAAUAAUAGAAAGGGAUGGUUGGACGCAGGAUAAAGACUUUGUCGGACAUAGGAAAGCAGUAACUUGCGUCAGAUUUAAUGGCAAUAUUCUGCAAAAGAAGCAACCAGGUUCCUCUAAACCGCAACAGUAUUGCUGUGUCGCCAUAGGCUCGCGUGAUCGUUCUCUAUCCGUAUGGCUGACAUCGCUGAAAAGACCGUUAGUCGUAAUACACGAGUUAUUCACGCACUCGGUGCUGGAUGCUAGUUGGUCGCCAAGUGGCCUUCGACUUGCCGCAUGUUCGUGGGACGGGACGGCCGUAUUCGUAGAAUUUACCCAGCAGGAGCUGGGACAGCCUCUUGAUCCUGCUGAACAAAGUAGUCUUCAUGAACGGUUGUACGGCAAGCCAUUGGUCCAAGGGGGCUGCAUGGUGAUGGAGGCACCAGAGCUUCUUAAUUUGAAACCACCGGCACCAAAUCAGUCCUUGCAAACGUCUUCUGUCCCGAUCGUCCCGCCAACCACCAACACGACUACCACCCCGGUGAAAGGACCCAUCAAUAAGCAGAUCGAAACGAGAACCUCGGACGGUAAACGGAGAAUUACGCCCAUGUUCAUUCCGCCGCCAGCGGACACGACGGACACGAAUAUCAGCGGGACGCCAACGUUCACGAGCAAAGUGCAGACGAAGAGCUCGAUCGUGAUCGAGAAGCGCAACGACGUGGUCGCGCCCAAUGUUACCUCGUCUGUGAAAUCAACGACCGCUGACGCACCGGGAUCCUCCCUGACACUGAAACGCAGAGAGCAGGCGACACCGAGGGUACACCAUUCCACGCUGGCGAAGAAGCCUAAGUUCGUGUCCGACAGAAGCAGCGGUCAGAUGCUGCUGCCUCCGCUCAAGCCAUCCAGCUCGUUGUCCCAGCAGGCGGGCCAUUACGCCGUGACGGUGACCAACAGUCAGGGCUUCGCGCAUCUGCAAGUGUUCAAAGGCACGGACUCCGAGCCAACGUGGGACCUUUACUUGGGCUACAACGCCGUGGCGUUGGCAGCGUCGCCAGCUGUUAUAGCUCUGGGCUUGGAGGACGGGAGCCUUCACACGUUCCAUCCCGCGAAAGGGUGCCGGCCGGCACCGCCGUUGGCGCCGCCGGCACCGUUGGCCAAGGUUCACGCCGUUGGAAACGCGGUCAUGGUGAUAUCGAGCUGCGGUGCGGUUCGCGUGUGGGAGAUAGGAAAUACGUGCAGGAUGAUCGUCUCGACUUCCGCCGCGCAUUUAGCAGCGCCUGGAACGUCUCUGUUAUCGUGCACUCUGUACAACGGGAUGCCUCACGUCGCAUUUACCAACGCGCGCGCAUACAUAUACCAUAAGGAUAUGGGAACGUGGCUGUUAAUUGGCGACAGCCAUGAUCCCGUGUGGCGAUGGUCGUCUUUCAACAUAAUGAGCACGUCUGGAAAUAGAGCUCCGAGAGGGCCUCUGUCGUCGCUGCAAGAGGGAUUACUCAGAACUGCGGGAAACGCCUUGCCAAAUCCGCGGCUACCGCAUAGCGCGCCAAGUGUGGUUUCCUAUUUGGAGCAACAGUUACUCGCGUCUAAAGCGUUGGGAAGCGCGCAGGAAUACGUUCACUGGCUCAUGGCUCUAGUAUCGUUCUUGUUAACGCAAGAUGGGUUGGAGAAACGUCUGAGAUUGAUUUUGGACGAUCUGUUGGGUCCAAGCCACACAUCAGCUUCGAAAAGCGUAUGGGACCCGGUCAUCCUGGGAAUGAAGAAACACAAACUUCUUGGCGACGUAUUAGCUGUAGUCGGUGGCCAUCUUCGCUGGCAAAGGCUGUACCUCGAGUAUUCCGAGCAAUUGACGACGCUGAAGAGUCAGAUUAAUUAACGGCAAUUUCGAUUUUAUCACGGUGCAAAAAUUCAUUAUUCCAGAAACAAGUCAUCUCUUUUAUUAGGUAUAGCAUCUUGUAUAUUUUUCAAGCAUAGAAUGGUAAACGAAAUUGUACAGUCUUUAUAUAAUUUGCGGCUUGAUAAUUAAUGUAAGUGUACAUUGAGAAAUGAAUAGUUUUGUGCACAAAGUGUGAUCAUAAGGAAGUGGUUAAAAGAAUUGCCCGAUUUAUAUAAUGCUAUUUUAAUGCAAUAGAUGAAUUGUUUGAGGAAAUUGUGACAUGGACGUGGAGGCAUAAGCUAAAGACGAAUACUUGUAAUGUAUAAUAUUAUAUCGAUAAAUAUAUGUUUCUCUUU